GGAGGGAAAAGCGCUAAUAUGGCCGACGUCGUGUCGGUGUGAGCGGCGGCGAAAAUCGACGCAGUGGUCGCAGGACUCGCGGAGCCAGCCUGAGCAGCAGAGUUCGAUCAUCCCGCGAGCGAGUGGCGUGACAUCGCGCGCGAUCGCGGAGACUCGGUGCGCGUGCACGAUCCGGCCGCAGGUGCGACGAGAGCGACAGCACGACCGUCAACCGUGUUCCGCCGAACGUGUAUCGCGGUGCAACAUACCCGCGGCGCGGCAUGGACCAGCCAGCACUGGGGCUGCACCGCCGGUAGCGAGAUCGCCGAACUCGACCCGCGAGGCUCCAGAGUAACGCGGUCACGAGCCUGCAGCUUGCCCCGGGGAAGGAGAGCUCGAAAGAGCCGGAUGUAAGAAAAUAUAAGCAGCCUGCGCCUAGCCAUCGAGAAUCUUCUCUGCGAAGCUUGCAAAAAUUCGGAGCUGUGGCUAAUUCUAAUCGACUUUUAAAAGUAGACAAGAUGCCCGCAGUCAGUGUUUGUGACCCACUGGCAGUGGCCAUACGCCACAACUUGGAUACUGCUGGACAAUCAAAGUCUCCGGAUGAUCUGAACAUAGGCUUGGCAGGCAGUGCCCCUCGAAUACUGCGGACAGAGUUAGACUACGAGGAGGCUGAUAACUACAGGUCUAAUGUUCAGGAUCGACUUAAGAGCAAAUACAUGGUUCUCACUUUACCCAAACAGGAGGACAAUGGCAAGGUCAAAGAUACGGCAACCUCUUCGAAAAGUUCAGAAAAGAGUAAAGAGCCCAGGUUGCCAGAACCAGCAGUUACCCUGUAUGCUCCGGAUAAGGUCAAUCUUGGCUGGGACAAAACGCAUAAUAUGCCGGUUGGUGCUGGCAUGUACAAUGUUGGAAAUACGUGUUACCUGAACAGCACCUUGCAGGCCCUCUUUCACGUUCCAGCAUUAGUAAAUUGGCUACUGUCCGAUGCACAUCACGAAUCAAAGUGCGAGCAGAAUGUCAGGCAUCAUUACUUUUCAGAUGGAGCUGGUGAGUGCCUUACAUGUGCAGUAUCUAAAACUUUACAGUUUAGUCACCAAAAGUCUGGUGAAGCAAUCAAGCCUUUUUAUGUUUACAAUAAACUCAAACUCAUUUGCAGAACAAUGGUGCCGGGUCAGCAAGAAGAUGCUCAUGAAUUUUUACGUUAUCUAUUAGAAGGCAUGGAAAAGGCAUAUUUAGCCAGACAUAAAGCAUUAAAAUUAGACAGUUAUUCAAAGGAAACCACUCCUAUUAAUCAAAUUUUCGGAGGAUACAUAAGAACUGAAGUAAAAUGCCUUCAGUGUAAACACGUCUCGACGACGUUUCAACAUUUUCAAGAUCUACUAUUAGAUAUUCGAAAAGCUGGUACACUGGACGAAGCACUAGCUGGCUACUUCAGUCAGGAGCACCUCGACAACAACGACUACAAGUGCGAAGCGUGCAAACGACGAGUACCGGCUACGAAACAGUUCAUCCUCGAGAGACCACCUAAAGUCCUCUGUGUUCAGCUGAAACGCUUCAGCGUGCUAGGAGGCAAGAUUUCGCGGCACAUAGGCUUCAAACAAACCGUCGACAUGGGCCCCUACGUAAGACGCCAGCCGGGGGAGCAACCCAGCAAACUUAUUUAUAGACUCGCUUCCAUGGUCACACACAUGGGCCCAUCUGUCAAUUGCGGACACUACACUGCCAUAGCACAAGUAUCGUCAGGCAAAUUUUAUUCCUUCGAUGAUUCUUCCGUUCGUCCAAUUAGUCUGAAUAAUGUGGUCAGUACCAAUGCGUACAUAAUGAUCUUUGAGAUGGAGCCGGCCUCCGCAACGAAUGGCCAGGCUCACGGCAGUCAACUCGUGAGCUCGAAGAACGACGUCUCUGCUUUGUCCAAAGGCAAUCAACCCUUCUCCUAUACAAACGGUAUAUCCAGCAAGACUCUAGACAGCAACGGUAGCAGCAAUGGCAGCAAAUCGUUGACUUCAUCACCUAGUGGCAGUAAAAAUGGUGAAAAUUGUUCGACAUCCUCGUCUAAGCUUAAGGAUGAACAAGGAGCGCCAACGCCGCCGCCGCCCCCACCCUUACCUCCGUUGCCACCUCCUAGCCAAGCCAGACGCAAUUUCAUUGGACCACAACUACCGCCUCAUAUGGAGAAGAAUAGACUACAAGAGUCGUCAAAGAGUGGAAAGUUAGUAGAUUAUGAUGGCAAUUCGAGCGACGACGAGGAGAACAAUGGCUCCUUAAAAACGAAUCGCGACGACCGGGAUGUUUUUAAAACAGUCAAUAACUCGUCUAAAUCCGUCAAGAUAAAUAGUAACGGGCAUUCGUGCUCGCCUAAGGGCUCGAAGUCGCCCUUGAAUCAUAACGGUGGUUUCCAUCACACGUUGUCAAACGGUAACGAUGAAAAGGCCGAGCCCGGUAGUAGUGGUAGUAGCAGUGGCUCGUCUUCGCGGAGUUCUUCGCCCAAGAAUGGCUCAAGCAACGGCAAAGAACAGUACAGCGGUCCAGUUGACAAAUCCAAGGAGAGAUGGACAGCUUACUCCAAAGCGCGAAUCGACUCCGAGCAGAAAGUUUACACAAAAGCUUCCGCUGCUAUUAACAAUAAGGGAUGGCAAGUCUCUAAAGAUAGCUCCUCACCCUCGUCCAGCACCGCGGCUAAUGGCUGGUUAGUCUCCGACAAUUUGUCGGACGAACCAAAUAGCAACAGCAGUAGAUCUAAUAACCAUUCCGUAACUCCGAGUGCAGCCGAAAUGAGGAGCUUCAAUGGAACUAAUCGUUCUGAAACUAUAUCUCACCUACAAAAAUCUACUCAAUGGGCCUACGGUAAUACAAGUGUCCCCAGUUGGAAUGGGGGAAAAGCGCGUAUCGAUCGUGAGGUCGAUAAUGAGCGUCGCCAAGAACGCAAACGUCCCUUUGAUAAUGAUGAAGAUGAACUCGAUCGUGGUCGCACGAAGAAAGUUAAGAUGCACCAUAAAGAUUACCGCAAUGACACUAAGUACAAUCAGUUCCAGGAGCAUCAUAACAACAACAUCAAGUGGAGACAAUUGUCAAAUACGCGCUACCGUACCGGCAAUUGCCAUUCAUAUAAUGGAAGACCACGGCACGGUGGUGGCGGUGGCAACUAUAACAGGCCACCCUACCACCGACAUCAUCACAACAAAUCGAGAAACAAUUGGCGCAGAUAGGAAAGAAGAUUACGUGAGUUCGGCGGUGACGUUAUCCUUCUUAGUUUAGUUACGCUGCGUUCGGCGACGGCCACGAGACGCGAUAGACUAGGUUUACGAAUAUAAGCAGAUACUAAGAGCGAAGAUUUAAGCAAAUCGAAAAUUACGUGCAACACAGCUAAAGCGAUAGAGCUAGAAUUUAAAUUUACGGCGUUGAAGAACGAUGAAAGUUUGAACGAUUUAAAGGGACUUAUAAUUUUGCUGCUUUAUUUAGUUUUUCUUCCUUUUAAUAAUGGCUAUAUUAGAGUGUGAUAAAUAUAGUCCUGUGGCAAUAAUUUUAUUCUAAUCGAGUGAAACAAAUCUAAAAGCCAAAGUUAAUCGAUGAAUAGUUGUAUACAAACAAAUUUAUAAUAUAUAAGUGCAUGAAUAAAUAAUGAAAUCAGAACAAAAAUACAAUCACAACUGAUGAACUCAACAGAUAUGUUGUGAGAUUGUACGAAGUUAUGUUGGUUUCCCCUUUGUUGUUAUUCCACCGGUUUUUCGAAGUAGACCUAUUAUUUUUAUUCUUGAUCAUUUUCAGCGUUCUUCAACUAAGUAUAAUAUUCAGAAAAUCUUAAUCGCGAUACUAUUGUAAACAGCCCAUAUGUGUAAUCGAAUUUAUUCCAUUGACGUUUGUAAGUUUAUUUUUAAUUUCUUUUCGUAUUGAAAAGUAAAAAGGUAUAUAAAGCGUGUUUAAUAUGCUCGUUGCAUUUUGGUAUGCUAUUUUUUUGUGCACUCCUACAUACACGUGCAUGUACGUAUACGCAAGUUCCUUGAGAAACAAAAGAACAGACAAUUUGAAUAUAUAAAAAAAAAAUAGACUGCAGUUGUGUAUCCUGGUAUACACGGUUCCCAUAUAUCUACAUUUUUAAUUACUCGUCACUCGAAAUGCAUACUUUAUUAUUAUUUGAAAAACACAAUUUUUCGAAGGCAUUCUACGUAUGUGAAAAAGAUGAAACGAGAAAGUGAGUUUUACAUUGAUAUUUUGACUCACAAAACUUAUCGAAUUGCUCUUAGCGAUCCAUUUUGAAACUCGGUGUCCCUAAGAGAAUAUAUUACAAUGUGGAUUACAAAUAUAUUAGACAUAAAUUAUGUAUAGUUAUAUAUAUUAUGGGAAAUACAUUUUUUAAAUCUACGAAUACAUUUUAUUUUAGUACUGACAAAAGUUAAGAAAAUAAAACUCAUUUUUUUGAAUGCUAAUCAAAAAAUAAAAUAUGACAAACCAAUGCGCUAGUGCCAUAAAAUUACUUUUUUAUUGAUGCAAUAAGACGCCACCGAUUCAUGUCAGUGUUAAAACAAAACUCGCAGGAUUUAAUGAAUGUCUAUCUCCAUGUACAAAUGAUAUGUAAGCCACACAGAAUAAUCAUAUUGGUCAUAAUACGAACGUUGUCUUUUCAUGUAUGUUCAUUUACAGCUGACGUAAUUAUUUGCACACCUUAUCACAAAUGCGAAAUUUGUGCAUCGCAUAGACCUGAUGUAUAAUCUUAUACAUAAGUGUGAUUCAUCUAAACUCGCAUACAUAACAUAAACACAAUUAUGCAAAACUUUGAAAUUUUGAGGCAAAUGAAUGACUUAUGAUACGCACUCCAUAUCUUCCUGUGUCCUGCAAACAUACCGCAAUGUAGGCUUCCGUUUUUCUGUCAACAGACAUAGGGAUACAAGAAUGAUAGACAAAUGGGGCAAUACGUUAGUACUUGUUUUAUAAACACAAAGGAAAUAUUUUCUUCUAUCAUUAAUACGCGUGAGUCCUCGCCUGGAAAGUAAAUUAGAUUGGCGAUUAACCUUCCUCAGUUUUAAUGAUAUUUUUAACGAUUGAUCAAAGUUUGAGCUUUUUUCAUUUUUGCACUGUACCUAAAUUGUAAAUAAAUUGAAGAUUAUAAUGUGUACAAUUUUCUAUGAUAAACAUAGCAUGUUGUUUUAUCUUUAAAAUGACUUGAAUAAAACGUUCAUUUUUAAAUUUUAGGUGGUGUGCAAAAAUCAGUACGUUCAUGCUUCGAAUGGACUUAAAAGUCUGAUUAAAUCUCCUCCUUAAAUUAUUUUUGAUGCUCAAUCGCAUCUACGGUUAUAGAAUGUAGCCACGAUAAUCAAUAAGUAGCAUUUCAAGAAGCAACAGUUUGUACAUAAAAGUGAAUGAAUCCAGACCUGCAUUUAUAAAUGCAAUUUAAAUUCUUUUUUUGUAAAAGUGCACGUACCAUACACGAAUACAAGAAAGUAUAAACGCUGGUUCUUUUAUUGUAACUUUAAAGUUUUGCGCGUUCAAUACUCCGGAAAAACGAAGCAAGCUGGAAAGCUAUUGCGUGCUUGGGAAGAUAUUACACUGACUGUGGCGUAAUUACAUGUCGAAUUGAUUGCUUAUUAGAGAGAAUAUACGACUCAAAUCCCAAUCACUUCUUCAUUCUCCCAUUGUACACACAUAAACGCGCGCGCGAGUCCCCGAUUGUAAAAUAAACCUAUUUACGUUAUAUUUUAUUAUGAAAUUAAUAUUAGCCAAAAAUUUAGAUAAUAGCUGUAAUGGCUAGUUUUAGGGACGACAUGAUGGUAGGAAGAAGCCGCAACUUUAUUUAGGGACAGAGCGUAGAAGGAAAGAAAAAAUGAAAAGCUGAGCAGAAGGGAACAUAAAAUUAUGAUGAAGGUAGAUUGUAGUAUUAUAUAAGACGAUUAUUAAUUGAAUUGUAGUUAUAUAUAAGACGAUUAUUAAUUGAAUGCCGAACUAAAAUUGUGUACGGGCGACUAGCUGUCUGUUGAGGAUGAUAAACAAAAGUAAAUAAAAAACACUAAAUAGUUAAUUACGAUGAUAAAUGCCAUUUGUAUGUCAAUGCACGCGCGUAUAUUACACGCGUGUAUUCCGAAGUAUGUUCACGAUGUGAGAAAGAAGCGAGCGUGCAAUGGUUGAAAAACUGCUGUGCGUAAACUAUACGUGUGUAUAGAAGUGAAAAAAUAAGGACACGACAAAAUAAGCAAAAUAAAAACGUAAAAGUCAGGAAAGAGAA